GAAAUGAGUAUGAAGCCUUGCGCACCUGCUCGUCAUCUAGCAUCAUGUGGGCUGGCAUUAUGACGAACCGAAGUCGGAAUGAUGCUUCGGAACGCUUCUCAUAUAACGGUGCCCCUCAUGGAGCCUUUUCAGUUUGGUUGUUUGUUUGCCCCUCUCUCUGAUAUCUUCGUCGCAUUUUCAAAGCCGCAGCUAUGCUAGGCCUUUCACUUGUUCUCCCCCGUGACCCUUUCCACCAGCUCACGAUAGUGCUAUGUAUCGUUGGUCUCUUCCUUGCCACAAUCUUUAUCUUUGCUCUCAAGCCGAAGAGCAAAGGACAGCCACCGAGUACUAUCGAAGCGUACUUGAAGUUCAUCUAUGGAUGCUUCCUGAAGCCUCAUACAGGUGAUGGGUCAGGAAGCCAGCAGGAUGCCUUGGAAAGCUUUUACAAAGCCCAAGCAGAUGUUUACGAUGCUACUCGCCUCAGACUCCUCCAGGGCCGCGAAGAUAUGUUGGGACUUGUGGCAGCACAAUUGAGGCACCGCACUGAGGCUGGCUUAAUUUCUCAGCGUCCAGUCUGGGUUGAUAUUGGGGGUGGAACUGGUCACAACGUCGAACAGAUGAACGCCUUCCUUUCCGUUCCAGACACCUUUCGUGCAGUUUAUGUCGUCGAUCUAUCUCCUAGUCUCUGCGACAUGGCUCGCAAGCGCUUCGCGCGCCUCGGAUGGACAAACGUUAAAGUGGUCUGUCAGGAUGCUCGCGCUUUUCGCCUCCAUGAGCACGAACCGCAAGCCCAUCAACGCAAAGAGCUCAUACUGCAAGGCCAAACCGUUCGCGAUCUCGACGAGAAUGCCGAUGCCGGUGGUGCAGAGCUUGUUACGAUGAGCUAUGCUCUAUCAAUGAUCCCGGAGUUCUAUCCCAUCAUCGACUCAAUCGACAGUCUGAUGAGCCCGAAUGGUGUCAUCGGUGUCGUUGACUUCUACGUACAAAACCAGGUCGAUUUCAUGGGAAGGAACUAUAUGGGUGGUGCUAUUGACCGCCAUUGCAUGUGGAUCUCACGUGUCUUCUGGCGGACGUGGUUCGAGAUCGACCGUGUCAAUCUUGAACCCGCACGACGUGACUACCUUGAGUAUCGCUUCGGCACAGUUCUCAGUAUCAACGCCAGGAACAACUUCUUCAGCACUGGUAUCAAGUUGCCAUAUUAUAUUUGGGUGGGUUGCUCGAAAGAUCACGGUGCUUCAACGCAAAAGCUCGCCGAAAUCGACGCCGCCGCUACAGAAUCGCCAUAUCUGUCUGCGCUCGAUCUCCAGACUGGGGCUACUCCAACUGAUGUCGAGGUCCGCUCGAAAGCAUAUGAGUCCGCAAUCGUCAACCUACAAUCUAGCCUCCCUCUGCCAGCUACGUGGUACCAGAACCAUCACUGGCGUAUCCAUUACGAUUCAGCCCUUCCUAAGCACACUCGCUUUAACGACUCUUACAUCUAUGCGUUCACAUGGGAAGACGACGUAGCCGACAUGCGCCUCCUGAAGCCUACUGCUAAUGACGUGGUUCUUGCUAUUGGCUCUGCUGGCGACAACAUCCUGGCUUUCUGUCUUGAGAACUGCCGUCGAGUACACGCCGUCGACCUUAACCCUUCGCAAAAUCAUCUUCUCGAACUCAAAGUUGCAGCGUUCACUGCUCUCGGUUACCAAGACGUCUGGAAGCUGUUCGGUGAAGGCAAGCACACCGACUUCCACGACAUCCUCAUUCAGAAACUCAGCCCACAUUUAUCAUCUGAGGCUUUCCAGUUCUGGCUACACAAGGGUCCUUCAGUAUUCUCUUCCUCGUCCUCCAAAGGUCUCUACUACUCCGGCGGCUCAGGCAAUGCGCUUGCAAUCGCAGGCUGGCUUUUCCGCAUCCUCGGCAUGGCUGAAGACGUCAAGAAACUCUGCGCAGCACAAACUCUCAAUGAGCAACGUGAGAUCUUCCAGCGUUCGAUCAAAACGGUCAUUCACUCCAAGAUCCUUACCUGGGCUAUCCUCGGUAACGAGAAGUGGCUUUGGAAAGCGCUCGGCGUACCGCCUGCGCAACGCAACGUCAUCGAAGUGGAUUUCAAAAAGCAAGAAGACUUCGACGAAGUUAAGGCUACGACCCCGAAAAAGGAUGCUGCGGCUGAUUAUAUGGCCUUCCACGAAGAGCCCAGUGACGAAGCACUGAGGAGCAACUCAGGAAAUGCAAUCUACGAAUACGUUCUCAACACCUUUGAGCCCGUAAUCAACACCACGCUCCUCUCCACAUCAAAUCACUAUUACCUCCUCACGCUAUUGGGCCACUAUACACCACAAUGCCACCCAACCUACCUCUCACCCAAAUCACACAUCAAACUAUCGAAGCCUAAUGCCUUCAACGGCCUGCGCAUUCACACAGACGAAAUCAGCGAGGUCAUUGCGCGUAUGCGCCCUGGCACACUCACUAUUGUCGUUGUGAUGGACAGCAUGGAUUGGUUCCCACCCAGUGGGAACCAAGCGCUCAAGCAGAUUAGGGCGCUUAACAGAGCACUGAAGGUCAAAGGGAGAGUUAUGCUGAGGAGUGCAGGGUUGGAGCCGUGGUACAUCAAGGUCUUUGGGGAGUCUGGGUUUGCCUGUAAGAGGGUUGCUAUCAGAGUGCCAGGAAGUUGCAUUGACCGUAGGGUGAACAUGUACGCUUCGACUUGGAUUUGCACCAAGGAGGUUGGUCUUGAACAUGAAGAUGGCAAGGCGAACUUUAGGAAGGCGUCGCUGGCUGAGUUGAAGCUUGAGGCUCCUGCGCUGCACAUGCAGUAAGCGCAUUUCAUUUUGUAUAUGCCAUAGAAUAUGGGUGGCUAUUAUCCUUGGCUCAAGGAAAUCCCGUGUUCUCCUUUUGUACAGGUCUAUUGCGUGUUGAGAUGUUUGCGCUGGUCGUAUUUGCAUGAGGAACGUCUUUGAUACCUAGAACCAACUAAGACAAUUGGACGUAUUUCGAGUUCAACAUAGAUUAUUGUACUAGGCGCGCAUAAGGAUGGCAUAAAACUGCUUUCGUACCCAACGUCCCCAGAAUUAAACGUGUAAAUAUGCAGGCUUUUCUUACACAUGCCUGUCGUGUAGCAUCCGAGAUGAACCAGCCGCCUGUUUCCCGGAGCGACUCCGCG